AUUCAGAAAAGAAAAAAAGAAGAAUAAGAGAUAGGAUUCGUCAAGAGAGAGAGAGACCGAGAGUGAUGUGAGUGAGUGACUCCGCCAACCACGCUGCCGCCAUCCAAGCCGCCGCUGCCACAGCCGCUGUCCGCCCUUGCGAGACUGACCUCACUGCCAUUGACUCACACCCACUGAGCAGCCGAUCAACCUAGUGAGGCAGAAACUGACCUAGAGUUCACGCACCUCCAGUCGCCGCCGCCCUGCUUGAUCUGCCCACCUCCGACGCCGGCCGCUGCAGCCUCUAACCUCCAUUCUGCUUCAAUCCGUCCUUGGUGAGAGAACGCAGAUUUUACCAAAAAGAUGCCUCGUACAACCACAUUAGAGUGUCCUGGUUGCCCUUCUCUUCGAGCUCUAACCUUCGAUGCACUUGGUCUCAUCAAAGUUAUUGAAGCUAAGGGUAGUCAAGGAGGGGCUCCUAGAGUGGUGGAGAGGUGGGGUGAGCUGGACUCAUCAAAAUGUGUACUUGCUGCUUCUAUCAAUGAUCGUAAAGAUGACCUGUUAUUAGCAGUGGCGAGAAAAACUGGCAUGAUUGAGGUUCUCAGUGCAAUUAAUGGGGAUAUUCGUUUCACGGUUUCUAAUGCCAAUGAGGAUGGUCCUAGACUUGCGGAUGAUGCUGUUGUUGGUUUGCAUUUAUUUGCCGGACAGGGAUUGGAGUUGACAUCUAGGUCUUAUAUUUUGCUUGCUUGUACAACAAAAGGAAACACAAGCAUGAGGUCCAUUGAAGUUACUGAUUCACCUGCAAGUUCUACGUCUAUUGGUUUGUCAAACACAUGGAGUGUAUGCGGUUCUGGCAACAUCUUAUGUUCUAAAGUGGAUGGAAGUGAAAAAUAUGCUAUAUUUGGAGGGAAGAGCGUUGAAAUGAACAUGUGGGAUCUUGACAACUGUACUAAAAUCUGGGCUGCCAAAUCUCCUCCUAAGAACAGUCUUGAUAUUUUUACCCCAACCUGGUUUACAUCAUCAACAUUCCUAAGUAAGGAUGAUCACCGCAAAAUUGUGGCUGGCACCAACAGCCAUCAGGUUCGCCUCUAUGAUAUUUCCGCUCAACGAAGACCUAUUAUCUCAUUUGAUUUUGGGGAGACGCCUAUCAAAUCAGUAACUGAAGAUUUAGAUGGCUAUACAGUCUAUGUAGGGAAUGGGUCUGGUGACCUUGCUUCUUUUGACAUGCGCACAGGAAAAUUAUUGGGGUGCUUUUUGGGAAAAUGUUCUGGAAGCAUUAGAUCUAUAGCCAGGCACCCAGAGCUUCCAGUGAUUGCAUCUUGUGGACUGGACAGUUAUCUACGCUUAUGGGAUAUAAAGACUCGGCAACUUCUGUCUGCGGUUUUCCUAAAGCAGCAUCUUACAAAUGUUGUCUUCGACUCUAGUUUUGCUGAUGAAGAAGUUAAACCUUCUAUAGCAGCAGAUCUACCACUAAAUGCUGAACGAAUUGCUAAUGAGACUGAAAUCAGAGACGAGGAAGAAACACUGCCUGUGAAAAGAAAAAAGGCAUCAAAAGAAGAAGAAAGAAGGAAGAAGAAAAAGGCAACGAAAGAAAAUGAAGGAAACAAGAAGACAUCAAAAGAAAACAAUGGAAGCAAAAAGAAGGCAUCGAAAGAAAAUGAGGGAAGCAAGAAGUUAAAAUCCAAGAAAAGCAAAAGAUCAAAAUGUGAGAUUCAUGAUGAAUCAUGCUUGUGUGUACAAUCCAAAGCGCCGGAGUCAAACAUUGACAUGCAUUAUGACUAGCAUAAUGUUUCUAAAAGUUUUUCUCUUUAUAUAUUCAUUUUAUGUAAAUUGUGAAGAUGACGAGUAAUGGUUCUUGAUGUUUUUAACCCAAUGACAUGUCAGUUCAUCAUCAUCAUCAUCAAUCUGUGCAUUAUGUUGUGGAAUGGCAACCAAUUUUCUUUUUCUUUGGCAUUUAUCUUUCUGCUCACAUUGCGACACAAUAAAGUUCAAGCUGUAUAUUAAUUA